AUGGCCGAGGGGAGCCAAGGCAUGCAGUCGGGGAACUCCGGGGUGGAAGACAUGGAAGAAGGCAGCAGUGGCAGCCGCCGGCCAGCCAGGGAGGCAGAGAUGGUGGAAGGAAGCGACUAUGAAGAGUUCAGUGGCUAUAACCCCCUCACCAGCUUUGACCUGCACCUGCUCAGAGCUUUUGGGAGCUUGGGUUCAGGCCUGCGCUUCUUAUCGAAUGAGCCCUGGGAACUGGACAACCCUGUGCUGGCCCAGACCCUGGUGGAGGCCUUGCAGCUGGACCCGGAAACGCUUGCCAAUGAGACGGCCGCCCGUGCUGCCAACAUAGCCCGCUCUGCAGCCUCCAACCGAGCCGCUCGGGCCGCUGCUGCAGCCGCCCGCAGGUCCUUCAACCAGGUGAUGGGCACCCACCGACCGGCCGCAGCACAGGCUUCACGACCAGCUCGCCAGCCGGCGACAGCUGCCAGGGCCCCGGGGGCUGACCCAGAAACGAGCCCUGCUUCUCCGCAGAGCUCCCCAACGGUGGGCACCAGUGCCAUGGCCGCCCCUGGGGCCCCUGGGGCUUCCUCUGCGCCAUCGCCCACGGCCUGCCAGGCCCAGGAGGCUGUGUCCGAGGGCCCUAGUGCCAUCAGCUCGUCCUCUCAGGCCCCCAGCUUCAAUGAGAUGGACGCCACGCGGCCCAACGCUGCCUUCCUGGGUCCCCGCGAUGCCUUUGAUUUCACUCAGCCGGCAGGUGUCAGUGGCCUGGCCUUCCCACGCCCCAAACGGCCUGCCCCGGCCCAAGAGGUGGCCCCGGAGGGCCCCAGCGAUGUGCCCAAUGGACCCCAGGCCGCACCUGCCGGGGAGGUGGAAGCCACCCGACCCAAGAUGACCAAGUCUGGAAAGGCUCUGGCCAAGACUCGGUGGGUAGAGCCUCAGAAUGUCGCGGCAGCAGCUGCUGCCAAGGCCAAGGCCGCCAUGAACAUGCCUGAGCCCGAACCCGCAGCUUCCAGUGCCCAGCACGGUGCCGAGCCUUGGGCCAGGAUGGGAGGCAAGAGGACAAAGAAGUCCAAACACCUGGAUGAGGAACACGAGAGCGGUGAAGAGGACAGAGAGCCCGUGUCGGCUCCCCCGAGCUGGGGAGCCUACCAGCCGCCAUUGCCGGUGCGACCUCAGCUGGCCCCUCGGCCCCCCAUAGCUGCGAGAGCGCAGAUCCCCUCCAGACACGUGCUGUGCCUGCCCCCGCGCAAUGUGACCCUUCUGCAAGAGAGGGCCAACAAGUUGGUGAAAUAUUUGAUGAUUAAGGACUAUAAGAAGAUCCCCAUCAAGCGCUCAGACAUGGUGAAGGACGUGGUCCGAGAAUACGACGAACACUUCCCUGAGAUCAUUGAACGAGCCACGUACACUCUGGAGAAGAAGUUCGGGAUCCACCUGAAGGAAAUUGACAAAGAGGAGCACCUGUACAUCCUCAUCUGCACACGGGACUCUUCUGCUCGCCUCCUGGGAAAGACAAAGGACACCCCCAGGCUGAGUCUCCUCUUGGUCAUUCUGGGAGUCAUCUUCAUGAACGGCAACCGUGCCAGUGAGGCUGUCCUCUGGGAAGCGCUGCGCAAGAUGGGCCUGCGCCCCGGGGUGCGGCACCCAUUCCUGGGCGAUCUGAGGAAGCUCAUCACAGAAGACUUUGUGAAGCAGAAGUACCUGGAGUACAAGAAGAUCCCCAACAGCAGCCCUGUCGAGUACGAGUUCCUGUGGGGCCUGCGUGCCCGCUACGAGACCAGCAAGAUGCGGGUGCUGAGGUUCAUUGCCCAGAACCAGAACCGAGAUCCCCGGGAGUGGAAGGCUCACUUCCUGGAGGCCGUGGACGACGCUUUCAAGACGAUGGACAUGGACAUGGCUGAGGAGCAUGCGCGGGCCCAGCUGAGGGCCCAGAUGGACAUCGGGGACGAGGCCCUGAUUGGACGCUGGAGCUGGGACGACAUCCAGGCCGAGCUCCUGACCUGGGAUGAGGAUGGGGACUUUGGUGAUGCCUGGGCCCGCAUCCCCUUUGCCUUCUGGGCCAGAUACCACCAGUACAUCCUGAAUAGCAACCGUGCCAACAGGAGGGCCACGUGGAGAGCUGGCGCCAAUGGAGGUGCCAGUGCAGGUGCCAGCGGCGGGGCCAGCACCAGCGUCCUAGACGGCCCCAGUACCAGCUCCAGCUCCAGCGUGCGGACCAGAAACGCUGCCCGGGUCGGGGCCAGCUUCUUCUCCUGGAUCCAACACCGCUGAUGCUGCAGGCAUCCCGCUCAGCAAGCUGGAUUUCACCUCCGAAUCCUGAGCACAGCCCUAUCGGCCCUGGCAGCUCAUACCUGUGGGUCAGAGGUGGCGCCCAAGAGGAAGCUCUCCCGGCCCCUCCUCGUGCUUUUGUGGUGUGCUU